UUCAGGAAAAGUUAGGAGUUCAAGCUGAGGCAGGUGAGGUUGCAGGGUCUCCAGAUCAGGCUACUGAGGCUAGGUCUCCUUUAGAAGAUGGAAGAGGGAAGCAUAGCAAUAAGUAAUGCGCUAUGGAUUCCAGCCUGGAUUGUUUCACUAUAGCAGUGCUCUAAACAAUCUUCUAAACAUUAACAUAGAGUAUCGAAAGGAUGAAUAGCGAAUUCUGAAACAAAAAUAUAAAAAUGUUUAUUACUUUUAAACAAAAUGAUGGUAACUAAGCUGUCCAACUACAACCUGAGCAUUGAGGACUGAGUGCCGAUUACUUUCCCCCUCCCACCAGACGGCACUGGCCUAAUUCUCGCCGCCCUACAGGACCCCCCGGCCACAAACGGCAAUGGCGUGACCGGGAUUUGUACCCCGGUUAUAGCGACACAGUUGCACUCUAAGGCAGGUCCCUAUACCAUUGAGAGAAUACAAGUUUCACAACAUCUUGUUGUCUCCUUACAGGCCACAUCGGAUACAUGCUACAGUGAAAGAGGACAUCAAGGAGCACAUUCUAUCUUUCCCAAGAACCACUACUCUCGGAUGAAGGGGGGAUGUACAGAGAAUACCUCAGCCCUGAUCUGAAUUUGUUGCGAAUGUACCGACUCUACAAAUAGAAGAAUAUCACCUGCAAAAUUCUGGGUUUAUAGGGACAUUUUCAAACAGCAGGGUCUCAAUUUCGGCCAACCCGGGAGUGACACCUGUGGCAAAUGUGACGCAUUCUUCACUAAGAUGUCAGCAGCAACAUCUGAAGAGGAGAAGAGGAAGACUGCAGUUGAAAGUGAGUUGAAAAGCCGAAAAGGCCUACACACAGCUUCAAAGUGACACUGAGUGGGCUAAAGCCAAUGCUGACUGCCAUGUCAUUUCUGUGGAUCUACAGGGGGUGAUGUACACCCCUAAUCUGACCCACUCUAAUGUCUACUACCAGCGGCACCUGUCAAAUCUUAGCCUUUGCAUCCAGGAACUUGGAAAAGAAGAUCCUGCGUACAUGUGUGUUUGGCAUGAGGGGAUUGCACACCGGGGGUCCAUUGAGGUGGCAAGCUGCAUAUUGAAGUGGGUGAAGACAAAAUUCACACCACUCACCAAACCAGAGGUGCGCAAGUUGAUCAUCUUCAGUGACAGAUGCUGUGGGCAGAAUAACAACUGGCGGAUGCUCAAUCUGAUGUCGAUGCUCGUCUCUAUGGGUUACUUUACGCAAGUUGAGCAGGAGUUCAUGGUCUCUGGUCAUUCUUUUCUUCCUCGUGAUCGAUCUUUUGCCACCAUCGAGAAGAGGCGCAAGGUGUCAGUCCUUCACACACCUGAUGAUGUUUCAAAGAUGAUACCUGAAGCACAACCAGCAAAACCAUUCAAGGUGAUGAGGAUGCAAUAUGAAGACUUCAGGCACCUCCCAGAUUCUGUCCUCAAGCGACCAGCUGGACUACAGAUCACCUCAGUGAGGUGGUUAAAAGUCACAGUUGAGGAUCCUUGGAAUCUGUACGCCAGACAGAGCCACAGUCUAUUUGAGGGAUGGAAAUCGUGGCUGAUCUCCAAACCAAAACUAGGAGCAACACCUCAACCUCCCUAUUUUUGCAAGCCACUACCCUAGAGCAUAUGAGAGUCCUCUGCCCAUCAAAAAAAAACAAGUACCAAGACCUGAUGACCAUGCUCAACUACUUGCCAGCUGCUGCACACUUUUUUAAAUAAAUCACUGCAGAGUGAAUCAUUUGUUGUUAAACCAAGCUACAUAAUUAACUGUUUUGUCUGUGAGUUUAUGAUCCCCUGAACCUGUAUAGUAUGUUGACUCUGAAUACAUUUCAGAAGACAUGUCACCCCUAUUGUAGGAAAUUAAAUGUAUAGUAGGUGGUUUCUAUGUGAAUCAAUGUGUAUGAUUUGAACCAGAACAAUAUGUUGAAUUAAUUUAAUUUUAAGAUGUUAUUCCUAGUGUAGAAAAUGUUAUGUACAAUGUGUUCUGUUGAGAAUUAUUUUGUGUGUGAUCAUUUGAACCUUUUUAA